AACACCCAACUGACGCCAAGCUUGUUUUGCUUCUAAUUAACAUAAUUGCUGCAUUAAUAGAGGGCGUGUUUGGGUUUGUCUGAAGAUCUAGAAGCAGCAACCUUGCUUUUACAGCACAUUAAGAAUCGUAUGCAGGUUCUAAAGUCUUCGGUUAACGGUUCCGCAUUUCGGUUUGACUGACUAACGAGUACACUUAAGUACUUGAGUAUAAGAGUGGUCGGUUUUUGCGAUUUAAGUGUUAUUUUACCGUCUCUGUUGUGCCAUUCGAUUCAGGCUAAUAAUAAUUAUUUAAUCCCAUGGGCUUUUAACCACACUACAUGUUGUAGGCUACUCUGGUCAAGUUGGCUGUAAUGUCUUCCUGCGUGUAUUUUUCCUUCUGACCCACCACUACUCACAGGCAGACAGUGCUGUGCUUCCAGUUCUGCGAAAGGGUGAUUCAAUUUGAGAGAGAGAGAGAGAGAGAGAGGGAGGGUGGAACAGAAAGAGAGAGAGAGAGAGAGGGAGAACUAGGGAGACGGAGAAAGACAGGCGAGAGGAGACAUCGACUCCGCACCAGACCUUCUGAAGGAUAUAUUUAGAUACAAAACAAAACAAAGGAACAAUAGACGAGUAAAACAUGCAUUCAUCACAAAGAGGCCUGUCAAAAAAGAGGACCUGUUAAUGUAAAGACGACACAACUUAUGUAACUGUACCUGUAUGAAAAAAUAAACAAGGACAAAACACACCACCAACCAAGGAGACUGAAUAUUUCCACUGAAAAAUGCAGAAGUGACAUCCAUUGCAGAAGGAAUCUACAGCUGUUAAAAGAGACAGUGUUCAAGAGACAUUGGAAUCAGCCUACCAUCCUCUUUGGAACACAGGAAGGGUCAUGACCCAGUUGCCAUGCGCAUCACCACGGUGACCAGCCUUCCUAGUCCCUCCCCCCCCCUCCUCUUAUUGGUUCAGCAGCUGUUGUGGCUCAUCCUCCCAGGUCAAGAGGCAGUCGGAGCCGCCUCCACCUGUCCCACUCCAUGCAGUUGUUCUAAUCAAGCUAGUCGAGUGAUCUGUACAAGACGAAACUUAGAAGAGGUGCCCGACAGUAUAUCAAACAACACACGAUACCUCAACUUACAGGAGAACUCAAUACAGGUGAUAAAAUCAGACACGUUCAAACAUUUGCGGCACCUGGAGAUCCUCCAGCUCUCCAAGAACCAGAUUCGUCAGAUAGAGGUGGGUGCUUUCAAUGGCCUCCCAAACCUCAACACUCUGGAACUGUUUGACAACCGCCUCACGCUGGUGCCAUCGCAAGCUUUUGAGUACCUCAGCAAGCUGCGGGAACUUUGGUUACGAAAUAAUCCCAUUGAGACUUUACCAGGCUAUGCCUUUCACCGCGUCCCCUCGCUGCGGCGUCUUGACCUAGGUGAACUUAAGAAACUGGAUUAUAUAUCUGAUGCAGCCUUUGUCGGACUCAUCAACCUGCGCUACCUGAACUUAGGUAUGUGUGGCCUAAAGGACAUCCCUAACUUGACUCCCCUGGUGCGACUGGAGGAACUAGAGUUGUCUGGGAACCGUCUUGAAAUCAUCAGACCCGGAUCCUUCCAAGGCCUGGAAUCUUUGCGCAAACUAUGGCUCAUGCACUCUCAGAUGUCGGUCAUCGAGCGCAAUGCUUUUGAUGAUCUCAAGAACCUAGAGGAGCUUAACCUAUCCCACAAUUCCCUGCACUCUCUGCCCCAUGACCUUUUCACACCAUUGCAGAAGCUGGAACGAGUGCACCUCAAUCACAACCCAUGGGUGUGCAACUGCGAUGUGCUUUGGUUAAGCUGGUGGCUGAAAGAAACUGUGCCAAGCAACACAACUUGUUGUGCACGAUGCCAUGCACCACCCUACCUUAAGGGAAAGUACAUAGGAGAGCUAGACCAGAGCCAUUUCACCUGCUAUGCCCCCGUCAUUGUGGAGCCACCCACUGACCUCAAUGUGACCGAGGGCAUGGCUGCUGAGCUCAAGUGUCGCACCACUACCUCCAUGACCUCUGUGAACUGGAUCACACCAAAUGGCACCCUAAUGACCCAUGGCUCCUAUAGGGUCAGUAUUUCCGUUCUGCAUGAUGGCACACUGAAUUUCACCAAUGUAACUCUGCGUGACACUGGCCAAUACACCUGCAUUGUGACCAACUCAGCUGGGAACACAACGGCAACUGCUGUCCUAAAUGUGACCGCAGCAGACGUCAGUGUCAACUACACCUACUUCACCACGGUCACUGUAGAAAUGGUGGAGUCUACGGGAGAAGAAGAUUCAGUAUUGCAUACCUUCACAGAGACCAUCCAUAUUCCCGGGCCUAAACCUUCUGGGCACCCCUGGCAAGAAGUUGUCCCAACUACUGCCUCUUCUCUCUCAAUCCUUAGCUCAUCAUCCUCCCCCCGAGCAACCAAACCCACUUUCACUGUCCCUAUUUCUGAGCCCAGCUAUCCCUCUGGACUAGAUGAUGUGAUGAAGACCACCAAGAUCAUAAUCGGUUGCUUCGUGGCCAUAACCUUCAUGGCUGCCGUCAUGCUGGUGGUGUUCUACAAACUGAGGAAGCAGCAUCAGUUACACAAACACCACGGGCCGGCGCGAGCCAUUGAGAUCAUUAAUGUCGAAGAUGAGAUUGGACCGGGAACGGGCAUCCGUGGCAGCGGCAUCUCAGGAGGAUCCACAGUACCGCAAGGAGGGUCAGGCGGAGGCGGACAGAGCUUGCGUCUGCAACACUCUGAAAUUGUCAACCUCCCAAACCUUGCACGAGCAGAGCAUCUCAACCAUUACUACAAGCCCCAUCACUUCAACAAUAACAUGAUGGGUCUGGGCCUUGGCGGAGGUCUAAACAAUAACAACAACCCUUCGCCCUGCUCCCAGGCCCAGACUACCCCCAUCUCUUACACGCAUGUGCCAGUCUCUGCAAGUAAUACAUCAUGCUCCAUGCCUUCUCCAAUGCCUCUGCCGACCCUUGGCAUCCACGGGUCACUGAAAGGCCUGAUGGGUAAAGGGCAGAACCCACAGAUUGAGCCGUUGCUUUUCAAAAGUGGCUCCAAGGAGAAUGUCCAAGAAACCCAGAUCUGAAUUUGAGAAAGAGAGUAAGGGAGAGAGGGAGAAAGGUAAAUGUACAGAUAAAAGAUGGAGAAACAGUAUCAGGGAGACAGAAACAGAUGAAGGGUAUUGACUGUUCAACCCCUAUGGGUAUGUUCUCAGGAGUAAUGAGAAAGGCAGACCCAGCAUUGUAUGAAAUAUUACCUACACAAGAAUACAAGAUACAGCUGUGAAAUCACUACCAAGUACAUACACUGGCAAAGAGUGUGGGAAUUUCUAGAUGGAAGUCAAGCAACGACUCUGCUGUUUAAAAUCACCAUCUUUACAUUACUCUGAUCCGCACGUAUGAAGGGGAUCAUCAGACAUCAGCAAACAAAACCACAUUUGCCAAUAAGAUAUAAAUCAAUAUGUUUUUGUGUAAUGCAAGAUUGAUAAUUAUGUGCCAAACUUGUACCAAUCUGUGCCAAAGCAAAAUCUUUGCACAUCAGCCUCACUACGCAUGUGUACAGACAAAAGAUUUAUGCGUAUACAGUUCUCCAUUAAUAAAGCAGAGAUGCUAUAAAAAUCAAAACCAUACACACCAUUAGGUAGGAAGUGUAUAUAGAAAUACAUGAACAACCCUAAGUAUUUAUAGACAGUAGCUGAGAACGAAAACUCACAUGUGUAAAUGGUUUAGUGAACCGUAAAACACAGAUAACAAAAUGGAUCAUUCAAAUUUUUGAGAGGUUUGCAGUCUAUGAAGGAAAGAUGGAUUAGUAUACCAGCAACUGUGUAGACGGCUUAUGUUUCAAGAUGAUGGACUCGGUUUCUCCCCUUUCUCGAAGGCUCUCACAGUUGAGGGGAAGAGAUGAAAACGAACAAGAACAUCAAAAAGACAAUGAAAGAUAUACACAUUUUAAGAGAAUAUAUAAACUAUGAAAGUAUACAUGAUAUAUAAAUAUAUUUUCAUUCAGAGAAAUAAAUUAUGAAGAAUCUUUGCAUUUUUCUGACUGAAAGCCACGGCUUUUGAAGAAUUAGCAGCUGCUGUUGUAGCGCUUUGUCACUUAUAAUUCGUUUCUCUGCAUAAAAACAAAUGUCUGAAACUAGUACACCCUCCCAGGACUUAAGGGCAUCCUGAGAAGACGGAGGGACAGAGAUGGAUAUUCUGGUAAAGUGUUUUUGAUUUCAGAUACUUUGGCUUUGUUUUUUAAGUCUUAAUAGGUUUCCCUUUCCUGCUCUAUAACUAACAGGGGUCAUUGAAGAGAGGUAAUUUUAAUUAACAUUAUAAAUACACUACUGUUUGAUUCUGCAGGCGUUUGACACCCAAAUUGGGUCAAUAUCAGUUAACACCAUUCCCAACAGAAUUAUAAAAAGACAGUAAUGAUGAUAGUAUGCAAUGCAGUGGAAAGAAAAAUGCUGUAAACGCUGAUAUACAUGCUGCUAUACUGAGAAAAUAUAUUUUAGUGCGAUGUUUUAGUAAAAUCUGAUUUGAAAGUUGAGUAAAAAGAGGCUCCUGUUGACAUUACAUUACUACUACUAUCAUCAUUAUUGAAAAACAUCCAGUGUCAAAAGCAUAGCGGAUUUUUUACCUAGAGGUGAUGUUUGUUUUUCAUUGUGUAAAAAGUGAUUGUCGCUACAGCUGAUAAUCCCCUCAGUGAAGCUGGAAUAGCAGUGGACGUACUGACAGUGACAACAAUUUGCUUGAUGCAUUACAAAGCCACUACAACAACUCCUCCAAACAAGGAAAUGGAUGGGCCUUAAAAUGGCUCCCUCAAUGGCCUGUCCCCUCUCUUUUGUACAAGACAAAAACUUUACCAGGACCCUGCUUUUUUGCCAACGUGAAUCAACAAGAUUUCGGAUGGAACACAAACUCUGGUGAUUUCUGCAGGGGUAAAAUGGAUUAUUGCGAACACUGUGUGCAGACAUGUGGACGGAACUACUGUUUGAGCUGAAAGCGAACAGAGGACAGCUUUUGAAAGGUAAGAGAAAACCCACUCAGUGAGCGAGAUUGGAGUUUGGAAAGCUUUUUUUAAAUGAAAAUGGACAAAUAAAUGACAACUAUAGAAACUUAUAGAGCUCUUUUAAAACUAAAACUAUUAUGAUAAUAAGUGUCUUUCAUUAUUUGUUUUUAUCUAGUUUCUUUUAGUUUUGUUUUGUUUUUUUCAAAAUCAAGUGUUAUCUUAAUUGUAAUAUUGUUAUUGUUAUUAUAAUUAGCUAAUAUUACACUCGUUAUAAUUACGAAAAAUGUUCUGUUAGCAGAAGUCAUUUCAAAAUUUAAAAAAAAGAAAAAAAUAUCUAUAUAUAUACAUAAAUGGCACACAAACUGGCAACUGAAAUUGUGAAACUUGGUGGCAUUGAUUUGUUCUAUGUUUUUGUCUUUUCUUUUUCUCAUGUAUUUGAGGUAUCACUGUAUGUAACCCUUAGAGCUUACGGCUUGGAGACAGUUCUCCUGAGAUGCAGACAGAAUGUGAUUUGGCUGGUGGUAGCGUUCUUCUCUGCAGAGAAAGAGAUAUGAGAGAGAGAGACAGGGAGGAAAGAGAGAGACCGGGUUUCUGAUACACACUCGUUCUCAGAAUGUCACCCAUUAUCAGUGCCGAGAAGUGUGACUGUGCCGUGUCAACACCCUGUUGCCACGGCGACAUGCCUUCGCACUAAUGUGCCAAACACUGUCAGAGCCAGGGUGCCAUCUUUGUGGGUCCCAGUGCCUGUAUUUGUCAAACCUUGUUAGCCUACAACACAUGCAAAUAUGCACACGCGAGCACAUCGGCGUGUCAAUUGUCAUCUGACAUAUUGGCGCACCCAUACUCUGGCACAGCGUCCCAACAGGUUCCUAUGGUGAGGUUUCCCUGGCAACUGUUGCUUCUGUGACAGUCCCCAUCACAGCGUUUGGAUCUCAGAUGCAAAUGCGAGGAUGGAGCCUGUAUAGGAUGCCAUUUAUGAGGACAUAACCAUUGCCAUCCAUGUUCUUAUAUCAGAAAUUAGCAUAUUCGCAGUACACUGCAUAUCAAUAAACCUCCUUUCUGUUGACAUUCAUGAACCUUGAGUAGCAGUCAUCGAGAUGUCCGUAUCUAACGCCAUUGAUCUUCCAUAGGCACAUCGUCCUCUACACUCGAAAUUAUCAUAUUCUCCCUCUCAUGCAGGAGAUUUGCAUAUGUUCAUUUGCUUCUCGGGUGAUUAACAUACACAUCUGUUUGUGUGUGUGUGUGCAUAUGUGUGUACCAGACAGUAAUCGUAUUACAUUUGUGCUCAAGGCAUAUGCUCUCUUUCCAAAGCAACUUACAAGAAAGUAUUGCCAAGCAGAUUGGUACUGGGACAGGGCAGAGACUGUUAUAACAUAUCGCAUAUCUCACAAUCUUCACCUAGCCUGCAACCUCAGAUAUCUCUCGCUUCCUAAAGUCUUACAAAGCAUGCAAAAGCUGUGACAAAGGUAGGAAGACAGGAGCCCUCUCUCUCCCUCGUAGCACUGCGGUAUCUGAGUCACAGGGCCCAACACACUCAUACACAUCGAGCCGACCAAUCUCAGCUCUCUCAUAAGCUCGCUUUGCAGAGAAAUACCCUGCCCACCAGCUGGUUAGGACUUAUGCAAAGAGCACCAGAGAGUGUGGUGUCACGGGUUUUGGCUUAAACAUGUGUCUGUGUGUGAGUGUAUGAAAACAAUGAAACUGGCCAUUUCAACUUUCGUAAGCUUAUUUGUAGACAUUCAUGUUUUUUGACCAAUGUUUUUCAUUGAUAUAGUUUUUGUUGCCCUCACGUGUAUGUGUUUGUAUGUGUGGGAAAGAGCGAGUUUUGGCUGUGUGUUUUACUGUAAGAGACUGUUGUCAUUGAGUGUGCAUGUGGUGAGCUUGACAACAUCAGUUGGGAUUUUCCGGGGUGUUUUUUUUUUUUUUUCUAAUACCCCGAUGGAGAAGUCAGGGGACAGCCAGCUCAAUUUCCAGCCAGCUGAAGUGGUGGAAGGAACUUCCCUAGUAGUAGUCAUGAUACAUAAUUCAGAAAUGCAGACAUGCGACAAUGGUCCCUUUUUUUUCUUUUUUGCAGACAUGCUCAGACUUUGACAGACAAAUCUAGGGCAGCUCUUGCUUUUGGGUGUGGGGGGUAAAUAUCUUAUUCUCGCAUUUACUUCAAAGAUUUGUAUUUGAUUGUUUGCACUUUGAUCCUGGAUUUAUCAGCAGAAGGUCUAUAGCAUUGGUUCCUCAGUCUGAAUCACAAAACCAAGAACAACUGGCUUCUAUUCAUUUGAGAGUGUGUUGCUAGAAUAUCAAUUGCAUCCAAACCAUACUUCAGCCCUACUGCUGGUGAGGGUCAGUUUCUAAAGCAGCUGCGAAGGAUGGUGUCAUUCUUCACAUAUAAAACUGGUUCAUUGUAAUUGUCAGGGCUAGAAAGAAGAGACAAAUCUUUCAUGGCAGGGUGUGGAUGUAGCUUGUGUCCCUAACAAACACAGUUUUUACAGAGUUGCACAGAACGUCACGACACUCUGACACUAAUGCUCCCAAUUUUGAGAAUAUAUACAUAUUUAAAUAUAUACGCUACACAUUCAAAAGUUUCAAAUUUUUAUAUCCGUUUUUCCAUAAGGAUGCAUUAAAUUGAUCAAGAAUUACAGUAA